CUCUACGAUUACCACUCCCGUAGCCAAUAAUGCCAGUUGCCAUCCAUCAAUGAAUUGAGAGAUUGAGAAAUUCAGAAUUGAUAUAAUAUUAUUGUUCUUAUUUCGGACUCGUCAGUCGGCGCGCGCGCGCUUUUGUCUUUGGUGGUGGCAAAAAUUAGUAGGUACGAAUAAACGGGUUGAUAAAGUACAAUCGUUAUCGUUAAAUAGGUAUAAAUGUAUAAUCCGUUUAAGUGCUUCGUGUGUCGUGUCGUCCGCCGGUCACGUUCGUCGUAUUUUUUUGUGUUUUCGUGUCCUUGCUCACAAGUCGCAGUCCGCAUUCGUUACCCACCGCGCUCAUCACUGCUGCCCGUCAACUCGUUCGCAACAGCUGACCACCGUCGCGUCGUCACCCAGUGACCCACCGUCGCCGCGGCCUAAUCUUUUAUCAUAUUUGACAUAUUUUGUGUGUUCAUUAGUGCAUUACACUCAAUAGAGAUUGCUAGACCUUGCCCGCGACUCUUYAUUUUGAUUAUCUUCUCACUAUUCCUCCGCCGUUCAGUUUAUUCGUCCAUAUACACCAUCCGCUAUGUCGGUUUCGGUCGUGAACAGGAUCGGAGUUAGGGCCAAGAUAUGGAAUUCGCUGACUGGUCGAUUGGGCCCGAAGACUUAUUUCACGUACACGCCCCAAGUAUCACAGGUAUUGGACCGCGAGCCGAAGUGGGUGUCCGCCGACGAAGCUGUCCAGUGCAUCAAGUCCAAUGACACAGUAUUUGUGAGUGGUGCUGCUACUACACCAAUUGAAGUUCUCCGUAGCAUGACUGAUCAUGGAAAACAAAAGCAAUUAAAAAAUAUACGUGUAUGUAGCAUUCAUACUGAAUUUGAGUCACCUUAUUCAUCUCCAGAAUGUGAAGGAAUAUUUCGACCAAUGGCUUUCUUUAUUAGUUCAAAUAUGAGGAAAUGUAUAAAUGAAGGUCGCGGUGAUGCUGUACCAAUAUUUUUACAUGAUAUACCCUAUGUAUUUGAACGAAAUGUUAUACCAGUAGAUGUAUCAAUUAUUUCGGUUUCACCUCCCGAUCAUCACGGUUUUUGCAGUCUCGGUACAAGUGUGGAUUGCAUUCGCUCAGCUUUAGGAAAAUCAAAAAUAAUUAUUGCACAAGUAAAUAAAUGUAUACCACGCACAUUUGGUGAAGCCAUCAUCCAUCAAUCACAUAUUGAUUAUGCUGUCAGAUUUGAUCGUGAAUUACCAGCUCAUGAACACAAAGAUCCAAACCCUACUGAAACAGCUAUUGGCAAACAUAUUGCUGAUAACCUUGUUGAAGAUGGUGCCACAUUACAAAUGGGCAUUGGUGCGAUUCCGGACGCCACGCUUACCUGUCUUAAAGAUCAUAAGGAUUUAGGAAUCCAUUCAGAAAUGUUCAGUCUUGGUGUUAUUGAUCUAGUCAACUCAGGAGUUAUAACUAAUCAUAAUAAAACAUUUGAUAAAGGACUGAUUGUGACAAGUUUCUUAAUGGGCAACAAAAAGUUGUAUGAUUUUGUUGAUAACAAUCCAUUAAUAUGUAUGAGACAAGUAUCAUAUACUAAUAAUGUACACAUAAUAUCUCAACAACCUAAAAUGACUGCAAUUAAUUCUUGUAUUGAAGUAGACUUGACUGGACAAAUUGUAUCUGGUUCUAUUGGAUAUAGAUUAUACUCUGGGUAUGGUGGUCAAGUAGAUUUCAUUAGAGGAGCUGCUGAAGGUUUUGACGGCAAGGGUAAACCUAUCAUUGCCCUAGGUUCUGUGAAUCCCAAAACUAAGGAUGCCAGAGGUUUUCCAAGUAGUAAAAUUGUGCCUAAAAUCCAAGAAGGAGCUACGGUAGUUACAACCAGUGCACAUGCUCAUUAUGUUGUUACUGAGUUUGGUGUUGCCUCAUUAUUUGGAAAAAGUUUGAGACAACGAGCACAUGCCUUGAUAAAUAUUGCCCAUCCUGAUCACAGAGAAUGGUUAGAAAAAGAAGCAUUUAACCGUUUAAAAGUUAUGCCAAGUGCAUGAGCAUUGCAUAUUUAAUGUAUUCAACAUUUAAAUGUAUUAUUAUUCUUUGUUUAAUUAAUAAUAAUAUUACCAGAGUAAUAUUAUAAUGUAUUCUUCUUUAUACGCUCAAUAUCAUAUUGAGUAUAAUUGAUUGAUAAUACAGUUUUUACUCCAUGGUAAUUCGUAUUUGGUUUAUUUUUUAAUUAUUUUUUUUUUUACUAAAAACUUUA